AUGUCCUGCUCCCAGCGCCUGAUCAACAACCGGUGCUCCUCUGCUGAUUAUCCCAACUCCGACUAUCUCGACCCACACAACGCCGCCAGGGCGGCUGUGGGGGCCGUGCCCAUCGAGUGGGAUGGCGCAGUGGCUGAGAGAGCCCAGGCGUGGGCGGACACUCUCGCCAGUGACUAUAACUGUGGGCUGGAGCACGGCGGCAUGGGAGAGGUGGCUGAGAGGGCCCAGGCGUGGGCCGACACUCUCCGUGACGACUACAACUGCGGGUUGGAGCAUGGCGGCAUGGGGGAGGGCGAGGGGCAGAACCUCUCAGGCGCGGGGCCGGCCGGGUGGGCGUUGAACAGCGAUGCAGUGCAGUGGUGGGUGGGCGAGGGCAAGUCGUACAAUCGCAUAAGUGGUGACUGGGGAAGCUGCGGGCACUACUCGCAGGUGGUAUGGAACGACUCUCGCAAGGUGGGGUGUGGCAAGGCGGCGUGUGGCGGGGACGCUGACGUGUGGGCGUGCAACUAUUACCCUGCUGGCAACUUUGUGGGCGAGAGGCCUUAUGUUGAAAACCCUUGCUUCCGAGCCCUCUGCCCUUCCACGUCCACCUGCGCUGCUGCGAAUGGCAAGCCCGUCUGCCUGUGUCCCCGAGGCCAAGUGCUGGUCAAUGGCAGGACGUGCCAAGCAGACCCAUGCAAAGGCGCGGCUCGCUGUCCCGGGGACUUUGUGUGUGAUGGCACAUCGGGUGCGGCCAAGUGUGUGUGUCCCACGGGAACCGUGCAAAUCGCACCCAACACAUGCCAGGCGCCAUCGUGCAAGCGAGUGAAGUGCCCCGCUUCUGCUCGCUGCAGGGCCGACAGCAACGGCAUUCCCUUCUGUGCUUGCCCUGCCUCCCAAUCGCUUGUCAACGGCGCCUGCACUAAAGCCGGACCCCCCACUGUCACCACCAGCAUCGUUCUCUUCAGCCGCCCGUCCUUCGCUGGCACUCCCAUUGUGCUCCGAGGCCCCACUCCUGACACCGACGAUCCCACUGGCUGCGUCAACAUCCCCUCUCCUAUGGCCGGGGCUGUGGGUUCCCUGAAGAUUCUCUGGGAUGCGCCUGAUGGGGCUAAGGGGGCGAGGGUGGCGUGUGGAUUGAUGUGGUUUUGGAGUGAUGCGGAUUGCUAUGGGGGUGCGUCGGGGUGGGACCGGCCGGACAACAAUGUUACCAUUGCUAAGUAA